GCCUACGAGAGGUCUGGUAACUUGGAGAAGGACAUCGCGAGUGUUCGUGGCUGGACAGAGACCGAUGAGUCAAUAAUGUGUCGGGGCACGAAUUCUGUGUCUGGGAUGAUAUGCGCACCGUGAAUCCGUGAUCCGCGCCACCCCACACUCCACGCGAGGCACGCGACACGGCGCUAGUGAGCCGGUUUCGGCAGGCUUCAAGCUUUACUAGUUACCAGCCAUCUUCUCGGCUUAGCCGCUUAGCCUAACCACAUAGCCCAGGCUCGCUUUCCCGUACUACCAGGCCGGUCAGCCGGUCUCGCGACUACCAGGUCUCGUGCCCGAUCGCGCGCGCCCCACUGCCCGCGCAGCAGCGGGUCGAGGCCGCACGCGAUUCAUCCGACUCGCCCCCCUCAUGGCCCGCUCUCGCCGCUAGCGUAUCGCGCCGCAACUAGCGGCGACUGCGGGAGCGGCGGUGAAAGGGGCGAUGGCGGAGCCCAUGGCGGAGGCGGACUGGCGGGCGCUGCUGGAGGCGGCGUGCGCGGAUGAGCGGCGUGGCGGGGAGCAGGAGGCGGCGCGGAGGCAGCUGCAGGCGCUGGUGCGCGGGGAGCAGGUGGCGCUGAGCGACGUGGUGGGCGGCAUGGGCGACUUCCUCACCGCGCCCGACCACGCGCUCAGAGCGCGAGGCACGGCGGUGCUGGCGUCGCUGGUGGACGCCAUGGUGGUCGCGCCGCUGCCGCCACUCACGCUCAGCACUCUCGCUCAGUUCUUCUCCCACCGCAUGCUCGCCCUGCGUUUGCUGCUCGCCCUCUUGGAGUGUCACAUUGCCGCCUCGCCUCCUGGCAAGGCGGGGGCAGCCGCGGGCGUGGAGGGAGGGGCGGGGUGGGCGGGGCUGGCGGGGGGCGUGGUGGCUACAGUGGACGGGGAAAAGGACCCGCGCUGCCUGCUGCUGGCGCUGCGCAUCGUGGCGCUGCUGGUGGCAGCGCUGCACCGCGAGGGCGGCAGGGCAGCUGUGAGCGGCGUGGCGGAGGACCUCUUCGACGUCGUGGCGGCCUACUUCCCCGUGUCCUUCAACCCCCCGCCCAACGACCCGCGGGGAAUCACCCGAGAGGACCUCGUUCAGGCGCUGCUGGGUGCGUUUUCCAGCACGCCUGAGUUUGCUCCCAUGGCCCUCCCUCUGCUGCUCGACAAGCUCGCCUCGUCCUUCCCCACCGCCAAGCUCGACUCCCUUCGCUUCCUCGCUGCCUGUGCCUCCUCCUGGGGUCCCCACCCCAUCGCCCCCCAUGCCUCCGCCAUCUGGCAAGCCCUCAAAUCUAGCCUCCCCACGCUGCACCCUCCAGCACCGCACACCACCUCUUCCCCCUCCCCCCUCGGGAGUGACUCCAAGGUAUCAUCUGCCGCCCUGCAGUGUCUGUUGGCGUGUGUGCGUGCCACACAGCCUUGCAGUGCGGAUUCCAUGGGGGGUGUGCCCGCGCGCCCCUCGCUGCUGGACGUGCUUCUCAAGGACGACGCUGUGCGCAGCGUGGGAGGGCUCAUUCCGUGGGGCGGGCAGCAGGCCACACAGGGGAUUGGAGAGAGAGGGGAGGAAUCUGGGAAGGAGAGGGGGGAGGUGGGUAAUGGUGGGGAUGCAUAUGGGGUAGGUGCGUCUGGUGGUGACAUGGCAGGGGUGUCAGGGCGAGUGAAGGGCACGGCUGACCUGCUCGCCUCUGUGGCCCGCGUGUCCCCCUCUGCCUCCGCUGCUGUCUCUGCCUCCCUCCUCCCGCCCCUAAUGCGCCUGCUGCUGCCCCCACCCGCUCAGGGUCCAAGGGGGGGGGCCUCUGGUGCGGGAGGCAGGGAGGGUGAGCGGAGGGAAGGGAGGGGAAGAGUGGGGAGCGAAGGUGGGGCGGAGAGUAGUGGGGAGCUGAGGGGAGGGGAUGGAGGAGAGGGUAUGGAGUGGAGGGAGGAGGGGAGUCGUGGGAGCAGUGGCGAGGGGGAAGACGGCGAGGUGUGCAGAGCGGUGCAGAGGGAGCUAGUGCAUCCACGUGGCAUGAUGGCAUUGGAUGUGAUUGUGAGCCUUAUCCGAGCUGCAAGGGACGUGGCGCAACAAGAUUGGGAGAGUGAGGGAGGGGACGGGAAGGAAGGGAGAGAAGGAGGGGGGGAGGGAAGAACAGGGGAGGGGAGAGGGCCAAGGAGCGUCAAAGGAGGGAGGGGCGUGAUGAGGCCGGGGAUGGUGGGGUGGGGUGCGAGGGCGGAUGUGACUGUGGUGGCUGAGAGAGAGCGGCUGGUGCUGCUGUUCCGCUCGGCGCUCGCCCUGGCGGUGCCUCAAGGCAGCCACAGCGGGGAGGGGGGGCAGCAGAGCAACACCGGGCCGAGUGAGCACAGAAGCUCAGGCCGGCAUGAGGAAGCAGCAGAGCUUGGCGGUGAUGGCUGGGCUGGAGUGCCUGUUGUCCUUCCCCCGCCCGUCUCCCCUGUCUCGCCGUCGCUCCUCUCUCAGCUCGCUGCCUGCCUCACACACGCCCUCAUCCACCUGCCGGCCCCCCAUGCCCGCCAUGCCACCACCGCUCCCCCUUCUACUGCACACGCCACGGCGCCGCACCAGCCCAGCAAGCCCGGCACCACCCCCCCUGCACCCUCCUGCGCCACCCCAAGUGCCCCCGCCAGCUCACCUGUGCAGCCGCCAGAGCCCCUCCCCCCGCCCGCCAUCCCCCCCUUCGCCCGCUCCCUCGUGCGCGCCCUCGCCUGCCUUGCCAGGGCUGAGGGCGGGUGGGCGGGCGCAUGGAGGGGAGAGGAGAGAGAAGAAGAGGGGGGGUUAGCAGGAGGUGGCAGUGGAUGGCAGGAGGGCGGUGUGAGUGUGAGCGAGGUGGUGUUGCCGCUGCUGUCCGUGCUGGGGGACAAGCUCGUCAUUGGCCGCCAUAGCGCCGAGGCACAGCCACCAGGGCAGCAGGCAGAGGAGCGAGGCGGUGGGGAGGCGGAAAAAGGGGGAGGUGCAGCGGGCGGGGGGCGAGUGAGGGUGGGGGUGUGGGCGGAGGCGCUGGCCGGCGUGGCAGGGGAGCUGGCAGCAGCGAGGGACUUGGCGCUGCCCGCCCUCACUGGCCUGGCCCUCCGAGGCUGCGCCGCCCAGCCCAUCCCGAGCUGUCGGCAAGAGGCAAUCAUCACGGUGCUUCACGUUGUCUCCACUCGCCUCCUUCCCAUGUGUGACGGUGCGCGUCCCUCCGACUCCAAGUUUCUGCGCGACCACGCCGCCGCUCUUGUCCGUGUCUUUGCCAGCCCCCCCUCGUCGCCCAGCCCCCCCUCAACCUCCUCCUCCCGUCCUUCCUCCACCCCUCCAGCCCCUGUUGCCGGUCACCUACUGGCAGCAGCAUGUGCAUCAGUCACUGCUGCCACCCACCGCUGCUCCCAUGCCGCCCAGCUCUCCCUCCUCUCCUCCCUCGACUGCUACCUUCGCCCCCUCACCACCACCUCCUCCUCCUUCUCCUCCGCGCCCCCUUCAUCCACACCCCCCACACCCGCUCCUCUCCCCUCCCCCCCCCUGUGCGCACCCAAGAGGCGCUGAACCGCCUGGCUGCAGCGUUGGUGGUGGGCCUGCGACCCUCACUGCUCUGCGCAGACCCGACUCACGCCUCGCACUCCGCAGCCCAGGGAAGAGGGGAGCAGCAGGCAGGCGAGCAGGGGAAGAACGAGGAGGACGGCAAGGCAGCGGAUCUGGACCCCGUGUGCCUGCUGCAAGGCCUCUUGCGCCACCUCUCCCUGCUUGCCACGUCACCACCCGCUCUCGUGUCUGCUGAGUCAGCAGAGGCUGCCAGCGUGGCAGUGGCGUCGCUGGUCAACAAGUGGCCCAAGGACAGCGGAAAGGUUCCCGGAAGCACCACCGUGGUGAUGUCGGUGGACGAGGUGCUGCAGGUGG